AUGAAAGGUGUAAAUUCUAAGAAGAAUUGGUUUGUCAGUUAAAGGCAAGGCAGAUCUCUGUGUCAGUCAUGUAGUGAGAACAUAGUUUCUUUUACUCCAGCAAUUUCUGUCUGUAUUGAGCCAGUUUUUAACCAGAUACUUAAGGCUCUACCAUAUCUUUGAUGUUCAGGGUGUAUAUUAUGAGAACAUGGAUAACAUUUCUAAAGAAACAAACAAAUCACCUAGAAGGAAUACACCCAAAACACAAGAUGCAUUAUCAACCGAGAGUAGAAGCAACUUCAAAUAUAAACUUGCAAAGUCUUUUGGGCUGGCAGAGAGAAGACUGGGUUUGACAGAUGAAAAAGUGAAGGCCUAUCUUUCUCUUCACCCUCAGGUACUGGAUGAAUUUGUGUUAGAGAGCGUCGGUGCUGAAACGGUGGAAAAAUGGCUACAAAGGAAACAAAAUAAAGAGGAAGAGGAUUCAGCUCCUAAGCAUGUCAGCAGGUACCAGAAUUCUGAUAUGGAAGGAAUGGUGUACGACCUGAACAGCCAUUUAGAGAAACGGAUGGAUAUAGCAGGGAACAAUCAACUGCUCUUGUAUGAAUUGAGCACCAUCAUUCAAAUAGCUACAAAGGCUGAUGGGUUUGCACUGUAUUUCCUGGGAGAAUGCAAUAAUAGUCUUUGUAUGUUCACACCACCAAGAGUGAAGGAUGGACAACCGGUACUUGUUCCUGUAGGACCAGUUAAAUACGGCACUACAAUAUCUGCUCAUGUAGCCAAAACUAGGAAAACACUAUUAAUAGAAGAUAUUUUGGGGGAUGAACGGUUUCCCAAAGGAACUGGGCUGGAAUCAGGGACUGGUAUCAAGUCUGUACUUUGUUUGCCAAUUGUUACCGUGCUUGGAGAUCUAAUUGGUAUCCUGGAGCUUUAUCGAAAAUGGGGUAAUGAAACUUUCCAUCUCAGUCAUCAAGAGGUUGCUGUAGCAAACCUUGCCUGGGUCUCAGUAGCAAUGCAUCAAAUAGAGGUAUCCAAGGGUUUGGCCAAACAGACUGAACUGAAUGACUUCCUGCUUGAUGUAUCAAAAACCUACUUUGAUAACAUAGUUGCAAUAGAUUCUCUACUUGAAAAUAUAAUGAUAUAUGCAAAAAAUCUGGUGAAUGCAGAUCGCUGUGCACUCUUCCAGGUAGAUCUGAAGAACAAUGAGUUGUAUUCAGACUUGUUUGAUAUUGGAGAAGUACAUGAAGGGAAGCCGGUCUUCAGGAAGACCAAAGAAAUAAGAUUUUCUAUUGAAAAAGGAAUAGCUGGUCAGGUAGCAAGAACUGGUGAGGUCCUCAACAUACCUGAUGCCUAUGCAGAUCCACGGUUUAACAGGGAGGUAGAUCUCUACACAGGCUAUACAACAAGGAACAUUUUAUGCAUGCCUAUUGUGAGUCGAGGAAGUGUUAUUGGUGUCGUGCAGAUGGUGAACAAGCUAACUGGAAGUGCCUUUUCUAAAACCGACGAGAACAAUUUUAAAAUGUUUGCAGUCUUUUGUGCUUUAGCAUUGCACUGCGCUAAUAUGUAUCACAGAAUUCACCAUUCAGAAUGUAUAUAUCGUGUAACUAUGGAGAAGCUUUCAUAUCACAGUGUUUGUUCAGCAGAAGAAUGGAAAACUUUAAUGGAUUGCAAACUCCCACCACAACUCUGCAGAGAAAUUGAACAAUUCCAUUUUGACAUUGGUCCUUAUGAAGAUUUUUGGCCAGCAAUUUUUGUCUACAUGAUUCAUCAAUGUUGUGGAGAAGGCUGGAUGAACAGAGGUCGAAAAGCUAACAACAGAGAAGAUGGCAGUGCUAUGAUGUCAGCAUUGAGCCUUUAUAUGGAAUCUGAUAUUAUGGAGGAAGGUUUUGAUCUGGAAAAACUAUGUCGUUUCACGAUGUCUGUAAAGAAGAACUACCGUCGAGUGCCCUAUCACAACUGGAAACAUGCCAUCACAGUUGCACAUUGCAUGUAUGUUAUUCUUCAGCACAACCACAAGACUUUCACAGACUUAGAACGAAGGGGUCUUCUCAUUGCUUGCUUAUGCCAUGACCUGGAUCACAGGGGUUAUAGCAACAGCUAUCUUCAGAAAUUUGAUCAUCCAUUAGCAGCACUUUAUUCCACCUCAACCAUGGAACAGCAUCAUUUUUCACAGACAGUAUCUAUACUGCAGCUGGAAGGCCACAAUAUUUUCUCUAAUUUGAACUCCACUGAGUAUGAACAGAUCUUGGAAAUUAUCCGCAAAGCCAUUAUUGCUACAGACCUUGCUCUGUACUUUGGAAACCGAAAACAACUGGAAGAGCUACAACAAACAAGAUCACUGAAUCUUAAAAACCAAGCACAUAGGGAUCGUGUGAUUGGCUUGAUGAUGACAUCUUGUGACUUGUGUUCUGUGACAAAAUUAUGGCAUAUUACCAGGCUGACAGCUAAUGAUAUAUAUGCAGAAUUUUGGGCUGAGGGUGAUGAUAUGAAGAAGUUAGGUAUUCAACCUAUACCUAUGAUGGACAGAGAUAAAAAAGAUGAGGUUCCUCAGGGUCAGAUUGGGUUCUAUAAUGCUGUAGCGUUGCCCUGCUAUGGUACACUUGCACAAAUCCUCCCUCCUACAAUACCACUACUUCGAGCAUGCAGGGAAAAUCUCAAACAAUGGGAAAAGGUAAUACGAGGGGAAGAAGCUUAUGGAUGGAUACCCACGCAGUCCAGUAGUGCUGACUCAGACGCUUUCCCUGUGAAGAUUGUUGACUGAUCCACAUUUAAGGCUUUUUAUUCCACAAUUUUAGCCUUUUAAAAGGAUAAACCCUGCAAAUACAAAAUGGGAAGGCUGAAUGCAAAUUUCUUUUCCUCGGUGAUACAAUGUGAAUACAAGUUUCAACUAUCCAAGCGAAAGUCAGCAUGUAAAUAUAAAAGACUGGCUUUUUAAUAGGCUAUUUUGCUGAGGCCUUAAUUUCAAAAUGAUUUGGACUGGGAAGGCCAACCUAGGCUUGGUUUUAAAUUGUGUAUUUGUGGUAAUGAGGUUUCACUGGUACUUUUACCUACUAUUACACAAUACUGUGACUGGCUUAAAUGCCAGGGUUUACCUGGGGAAGUCCAGACGACAAUAGGACAUUUCCACACUGAUACGGUAAAUGUUUUUGUUUGAUCUUUGAACUCCAGAAGAAAAUAUCUGGGGCAGAAACUAUCACUGAGUUUACAGUACUUGAAUUUAUCUUGCUGCAAAUGGGAGAUUUAACUUCCUGAUACUAAUCUCCAAAAGUUAUUUGAUUAGCGUCAUGAAACAACUACUUUAUUGCACCCAUUAGACAUUGGGAAAAAUAUAUCAGUGUUUCUUUAGUGAUUUUAUAAUUUAGGGAAAAUGUCCAUUUCUACCUGGAAAUAGAAUAUUUACCUCUGGUUGUAAGUAUCACAUUAGGUACCUGAAGACCCAUCUUUUCAACCCUACUAACAGUAAUGGAUUGAAUUUCAAAUGUGGUGGUGGAAAUCUGUCAGGAAAAGCUAGACAUUGUUUAAACAAAUAUUAAAGAUGGAUGCCUCCAAAUUCCAGCUAGUUUACAAAAAUAGGACCUUCCAGACAUAGUCAUAAUCUCCAGAAAUCACAACAAUACUUACAUGUUUUUAGCGUUUGUGUUGCUCAUUAGUGCCUGGUGGGCUUUGUUCUACUUUUCCCUUUGAAUCUCUUUGAAUCUCCCUUUUAAAAAAAUUGUCUAGUCUUGUAACCUGUUGCCUGUGGAAGAAGAAAGCUGAUACGUUAAACCCUUGCCCUUACAUACUGUGAAUAAAGUCUGUAUUGAUUUUGGCCCCAA